CCACCAAUUGAAACGAGCAUGUGCUCUUGUCAGAACUUCUGUCGCGGAGCAUGCUGGGACGUGUAGUUUUCAGCAUCGCCCGAGCCGGAAUACUCACGACCUGUAAGGAAUACAACUCCCAGCCUCCCGAGCGCAUGCAGGCUUGUCUCGACAGAGUCGUUGUGGAGGAAGUUUGGCUGCUGUAAUAGACAGUUGGCAGGUAUGCCCCUGGUUAUUGGCAGCCAGAGGGUGGACAUCACUGAGUCCGCCGCCCGGAUUGCCCGGUUACACCCCCAGCUGGAGGAGCGAGCCAAAGCUUUAAGAAGCCAACCAACGCAGAGAAUUGGACCCAAAGGUUUUUUAUACGUGCAGCAAAGGGAGUUGGCCGUAACCACCCCUAAUGAUCGACUCAUAUCAGUUCUUGGGUCCGAAGACGCGACCACCUGUCACAUAGUGGUGCUCAGACAUACAGGCAGUGGAGCCACGUGCUUAGCACACUGUGAUGGGUCAGAUACAGAAAACGAGGUGGCAGCCAUCUUUAAUGCAGUCAAGUCUUUAUCGCAAGCCUCACCAGAUGGAAGGCUAGAAUUGCACCUUGUUGGAGGGUUCAUUGACCAAAGGUGUCUAUCACAAAAACUUACAAGCCAGCUUCUUGAAUCCUUUGAUAGCCAGCCAGAUGACAUACAUCUAGUUACAUUUUGUGUCACAGAAUUAAAUGACACGGAGGAAAAUGGCAUACAUCUCCCAAUUAUAUAUGGUAUAGCUGUAAAUGUUAAAACUGCAGAGAUCUGUAAAGCAACCUUUGAAGACCGGCAGCCAGAAGAGGAUUUGAGAUCUGCGUACACCUUAACAGGAGGAACGAUGGUGAACAUUUACAAUGCAAAAACUGAACAAGUAAUUAUUGGGCCUUAUUCCUGGAUACCUUUUCCAAAUAUUGAUUUCUGGCUGGAACAGGACGAUGAUCAGAUCCUUGAGUGCUUUUCCACCUCUCCACUGGCAGAGCCUCCACAUUUUGUUGCCCACAUUAGAUCAACCCUCCAGUAUGUGAAGAAAAAUCCACACCCUGCAAAGUCCAUUUUUCCAGACAGAAAACCCCGUGUGUACAAGAAACAAGUGGAUGGUUCAUGGGAAAGAGUGUUUCCCGAUAGCGCAGGCAAAGUGACUUUUUAAGGGCUGCUGACCGAUCAUUGGAAUGAUUUUCAACGUACGUACAUCUGGCUGGCAUUGUCAUACUUCUUUUUCAGCUUUACAUAAAUAUGCAUUAUGUUUAUGGACCACUGUACUUUGUCUAUGCAAUUCCUUUAUAAUGUUUAUUAAAGAAAGUUACAGGCCAGCAUUUAAACGCCCUGUCUCUAUGCACAAUGCCUUUUAGUAUAAAUGGUGCGAAUCAGCCAUGAUCAUAUGAAAUGUAACUUGGACUAUCUGCCUUUGACUGUAUGAUUUUGCACCAAAGUGUAAAUUUUAUCAGGCUUAAAAUGACCAGGUGCAAUAUUUUGUCUCUCUCUUCAUGUUUGGAAGCUGCAUACUAAUAGCGGUUGCAAUAAAGCUGCACAGAUGACUUUA